AACCAAGAACCCUCCCUCUCUCUCUCUCUCUCUCUCGCCUCACGAGAAGUGAAUCGGAGCGAGGGCUUUUUAGUUGUUUCCGUAGAAUGGAGGGCGAGAAGAGUGUGAUGAAGGAGAAAAGCGGAGAAGUGGUGGACGGUUCGGAUAUAAUGGAGUUAGUUGAGAACAAGGAGGUUUUCGGGAGCUUUGUGGAUCAUAAGUUCCAGGAGCUGGAUCGAGACUGUGAUGGUAGGCUCUCUUUGAAGGAGUUGAAACCUGCUGUUGCUGAUAUUGGCGCUGCUCUUGGCUUGCCUCCCCAGGGUUCUUCUCCUGGUUCUGAUCAUAUCUACUCUGAGGUUCUGAACGAGUUCUCCCACGGCAAACAAGAAGUGAGCAAGACCGAGUUCAAAGAAGUCCUUUCAGAUAUUUUAGUGGGCAUGGCUGCAGGCUUGAAGCGGGACCCUAUUGUGAUUCUUCGAAUUGAUGGGGAAGACCUCCUCGAGUUCAUCGACGGCCCAAGCUUUGAACCGGAGAUGAUUUCCAUACUUUCCCAGAUUGAGUUGCCUCAAGGAUCAUCCCUCAGAGAUUACAUCGCCAAGGCUUUUGAGAAACUUACAGUUGAUCACGGAAUGCCCCCUGCUUCAGAUUCCUGGGUUGUGAGCAACAUUAUAGAACCAGUUCUCCAGUCAUAUUGUGGCGAUGUUCAGCAACCCGUCUCUCAGGAGACAUUCCUGGGGGAGUUCAAGAAGGCAGCAGACAAUGUCGCGCAUAAACUCAAGGAACAGCCUGUGAUUGUUGCGCACACCGAGAACACCUUCGACGGAAGCGGCAUUAGGAGACUAUUGUCUAACAAGUUUGAAUUGGACAAGACACUGGACGCAGCAUUGCAAAGUGUGCCGAAAAAUCGCCAGAUGAAAAUGUCCGAGGACUAUCUGCGCCCGGCACUUGAUGCGGUGGCCCCUUCUGCAGGUUUACCUCCAUUUGGUGCCGUCGAUCAGAUGGACAAGGUUAUCAACGACGCGCUUAAGAUGCUGGACGCCGAUAACGGGAGCUCCGUGAAAGAAGACGAUUUCAAGAAGAUGUUGACGGAAGCACUGGGGAGCAUAAUGUUGCAGUUAGAGGGCAAUCCAAUCUCCGUCUCUACCAACUCGGUUGUGCAUGAGCCCCUUGCCGGUGCUUCCACCGUUUUGCAGCCACCUGCUUCCUAGUUCGUUCGUGUAAUAAUCCCUCUCUCUAUCUCGAUCCCUUAAUCAUCAUCUUGUCUUGAUUAUGGGAAUAAUCUCCAGUCUCGAGUGACGUUGUUUUUAGGGUCACUUGUUUCUUUUCCCCAUGAAAUGCUUUUAUUAUAAUCAGAAAUGAUACGGGAGACCUAGAUUUUAUUA